GAAAAUGAAGAUCGUUUCUCUUCCAUUGAAUUGCCUCCGGGCCAAAAAAUGCCAUACAAUAAUGCACCUGCCCCAAUACCGGCACCACCCACACCUAAACCUGCCAAAGUGGAUAAACAAACGGUGGCGUCUAAAGGACAGCCUGCAGCAGCAGCAACGCCAGCCGCUACCAUAACAUCAGUUCCGACAGUAGCAACACUACGAGAUGUCGACUCACAUGCUGCCCUGCUCACGUUGGAUGUUACAGCCCAGAGUGAGACCAAUGAACCGGAAAGAGGCAAUUGGACGGGACGAUUUGAUUUUUUGCUAUCGUUAUUGGGCUAUUCUGUCGGUCUGGGUAAUGUUUGGCGUUUUCCAUAUCUGUGCUAUAAUAAUGGAGGAGGCGCCUUUCUUAUACCCUUCACCAUUAUGUUAAUUAUUGCCGGCCUUCCGCUCAUGUUCAUGGAAUUGUCAUUCGGUCAGUAUGCCGCCCUGGGACCGGUGGCUAUCUAUCAACGAUUUUGCCCGCUGCUUUGUGGUUUGGGUACGGGCAUGAUUAUUGUAUCGGCCAUUGUUAUGUUGUACUAUAAUCUAAUUAUUGCCUGGACUAUAUUCUAUAUGUUUGCAUCGUUUCGCACCAAGUUGCCGUGGCAGAAUUGUGAACCCGAAUGGAGUACAGAGA